AUGAUCAUACCCAUCAAACGGAAACCCAUUCAGGGAUUCAAGCCUCGAUCUGCAACUACGGUUAUCAAAAAACAAUCUGUUUUUGGUUCUGCAGAAAUUGUCACUGAUCCUGCUACUGCUCCUCCAGUCGUAUCAGCUGUAGCCCCAGUGGUAAAUAUACGACCAGUAGUAACCCAUCCAACCGCAAAACCAUCCGUUGCAUCAGCAUCACAACAGUCUUCUGCAAGAUCCUCUGUGAUUAGGAAAAUAGAUACAUCCGCAUUGGUGCAUGGAGCAGCUCCAGGAGCUAUUGGUGAUUAUGAUCCAACUAAACCUUGUCAGUUUUGGGUAUGCAGAAAGGAAGCAAAACGGAUCAAGCAAAAGGCUCGUGAGAAACUCUUGGCCAAAGCAAUGGAAGAUAUGAAGAAGAAUGCACCUCAGAUAGGAUCGUUUAGUGCAAAUAUGGGCGAGUUGAACGUGAGUUUUGUGCAGCCUGCCUCUAAACAAAAUGCUCAAACUCGUAGCGAUCCAGCUCCUGUGUCACAACCAGCUGCUGUACAUCCGGACGUGUCUGGAGAAGAUGCAUAUUUACGACGACUUCGCAUGAGCGAGACUCAAGAACAGCCUCCCAGCACAAUCAAGACACCUGUUCAAGCAUCACUACCAACCCCACAUUAUGCCCAAUCAUCUGGACAGCGUACUAUAAAUAGCAAUCCAACUCAAGUUGUUGUCUUGACAAAUUUGGUUGGUAAAAGUGAAGUGGAUGAUGAGUUGCGUCGGGAAACUACCGAGGAGUGUGCCAAGUUUGGAAAAGUGAUCGAAUGUAGUGUUUAUGAAGUACCUGGAAGUCAUGUGCCUGACGAUGAAGCUGUUCGGGUGUUUGUCGAAUUUGCUGAUCUGAAUGCUGCCAUAAAGGCACAAGCGGAUAUGCAUGGACGAUUUUUUGGUGGCCGGAAAGUAACUGCUGGGUUCUGGCCUAUUUCCAAAUGGCAACUACAGAAUUUCGACUAUUAA